ACCUCCCUGCCGUGGUUUUGGUUCCUUCACAAAAUGAGUGAUAACCUUAACGAUAAGGGUAAAGUUGAAUUUUAUGCUUUACUAGCUAAAUACAAUGCCAAACCUUCUCCAGGAGGAGAAGAAUGGGCACAAAGUAAUUGGUUUAAUUUGGAUAAUGUGGUUGAUAGAAUAUGUUCUUUACAACAUGGUACAAGAUUUAAACUGGGCAGAAAUAAAACCAUCUUAUGCUCAGUUUUGGGAGCUUGUCUUACGGCAGCUGUAGAAACUCGCUUCCAGCGAAGAAGUGAGCAAGAAACAAUAAUAGACUCCCUUCAAAAUUUGGUUGAAAUUUUACAAAAACAAUUACAUGAAGAAAGGAAUGAAAAACAUUCAUUGAGAAAUGAGAACUGUGCAUUGAGAGCUGCCUUAAAAGAGGAACACGUUAACAAGUCACAUAAUGCUGAUUCCUCUGUAAAUCCCGAGGAAAAGGAAACUCCUCGCAUUAACCAAAUUUAUCCUCACAAAGAACUUGAGGCAGUAAAUAAUAAUGGGGAACAUUGCUGCUCUCAUUUAAGACCCUUAAUUAAAACAGAAUAUAACUAUCUCAGUGAUGAUGAUCUUGAGCCCCACAUCACAACCAAACACAUACCAUACACUGCCACCGAGUUAGCUAAGCUUAAAAAAGAAUACGGACGCCACCCACACGAAUCAGAAACAGAAUAUGUUUUCCAGGUGUCCUUCACUGGUGGCAAUCAAAUUAAAUUAACUGAACAAGAAGCCAGUAGGUACUGGGGACACGGUGUCUUCUUAACAACAGGAGAUAAACAUGACUCGUGGUCCCUGACACAAUGUGUGGCUUUUUGGGCUGGGAGAACAAGCCCCUUGGAAAGGGGAGAUCCUAUAGCUAUAAUUAGCACCCCUGACCAACUCCUAGAAAGUGUGUCCAAAGCCACUUGUCUGCAAAUGAUUCAUGGAAAGAAAUUAAUUCCUGGCUUUGAAUUCCCGAUGCAAUUACCUGUGAAGCCUGAAAUAAUGACCCCUUUAAUUUGUGGGCUUCCAGAAACACUCAAACCUACUGCCAUAGCCUUACAGAAAACUACACCAUCUGUAUCUCCUGUAGAAAGACCAGACAGAUUUCCUACUAACCAGAAGAACUCAUUAGUUGCCCUUUAUAACUUGCUGAGGAAAGGAGUAAAAUGGGAUUGGACUUCUUCUCAGGAAAAAGCAUUGCAAUUGCUGAUUUUUGAAGUAACAGCUCAUCAAGCUCUGGGUCUCGUUCAUCCUACAGACCCCUUUCAGGUAGAAUGGGGAUUUGCUGUCUCAGGAUUGUCACUACACACACGGCAGUGGGGACCCAAGGGUCCAACACGGCCCGUUGGUUUCUAUUCCCGUGGUUUCAGAGAUGCUGAAAAAAGGUACACUACCUGGGAAAAGGGAUUGUUUGUAGUCAGCCUAGCCCUUAUUGAAGUAGAAAAGAUCACACGUCAACAACCUAUUAUACUAAGAGGACCCUUCAAGGUUAUCAAGACAGUCAUCAAUGGGACCCCCCCUCCUGACGGGGUGGCCCAGAGGGCCUCGGUAAGAAAGUGGUAUGCUCAGAUUGAACAUUACUGUAACAUCUUUACAAUAACAGAAGGAGCUGUGAAAAAUUUGGCAAUACAAGAAACUGAGAGCUUGGAUAGCAGCCAGGACAAACCUGCCUCUGUAAGCAAAGUGGCCCCUCCUUUCUGCCCUGAACAAUCAGCAAACUCUUGGUUCACUGAUGCCUCUGCUAAACGAGAAGGGAAGGUGUGGACAUACAGGGCAGCAGCCCCCCACAUUUCCUCUGGUGAACUAAUUAAUGAGGGAGAAAGCAGUUCUCAGGUCAAGGAGCUGAGAGCUGUCUGGAGUGUUUUCCAACAAGAAGCACAGAAUGCCUCUCUUGUCUGUCUCUACACUGACUCCUAUGCUGUGCAUCAAAUGAUCCUGAUAAUCCAGCACAUUACCCUGGCCAACCUGUUCUGGUGGACAUCCCUUACUAUAGGGCUGGUACCACUUGUGCUAAAACCCCCUCUGAAUAAAUGUGCAUGGAAAGCCUCUGGUGCUCUAGGGAAAGAGCAUUGGAUAAAUACAUGCAGGAUAAUUCCAUCAUUCUAACCUCUUCUGCCUCUCGCUGGCAGGAUUCUGUUGUGUUUACUUUUACAGAAGAACUCCGAGGGACAUGAAGACCACCUAAUUCAUGAUAAAACUGGUAAUACUGUCCUGCAUCCUACCACAACCCCAUGGCCAGAAACCAGCUGAGUGGUUGCGGUCUGAAAUAAUUGUGGUAGUAUGCAGAAAAAGUGAAAAGAUCUCUUUAAGCACAAAAAGGUUUGUAUGCACCGAAGCGUACAGGAUUGUUGACACAAUUUCACAUUAACACAAACUGCAGAAGUAGCUUGUCUUUGGUCCAAAAAUACUGAAGCGCUUUCUUUUAAGUUUAAAGUAUUGAUUUAAAUACUGGGGAGAACUUGAUGUUAAUGUUGUGAUACCU